ACCAAUAAUCUCAAAAUCAUGGUGGGUUCAGCAAUAUCGUCCUGCAACAUGAUAAUUAUAACAUCUCUUUCUGUCUUUCUAAUACAGGUACUUGGUUCAAGAUCUUCCAUGAAAGACUAUACCUGGAUUAUCUGGAGCUGUUCCCACACUUUGGUUAAGCAUAAGAGUACUUGCAGCCAAGCAUGUUAUUAAGAUCUUGUGUAAAUUUUUUUGACUUAGCAUCCGAAGACAUGUCCGAUUUCCAUCAAACUCCGGGAACGCUUCCUCGUGUUAUGACUUUUCCUGGGUUUAUUUCUGAUGUACAUGGAGAUGGAAGCAACAUUGGAGAUUCACACAGCCCAUUAACUGAAAGUCGUAAGAAGAGAAUUAUAGUGGCAAAUUUUCUACCUCUAAAUUCCCGGAAGGAUUCAAAAUCUGGAAAAUGGUUCUUUAGUCUUGAUCAGGAUUCACUUCUAUUGCAAAUGAGGGAUGGCUUUUUAUCUGAUGUUGAUGUUGUUUAUGUGGGUUCUCUGAAGGUUGAUGUAAAAGCAAGCGAACAAGAUGAAGUUUCCCAGACACUGCUGGAAGAAUUUAAUUGUGUGCCCACAUUUCUUCCUCCUGACCUUCAAAAAAAGUUCUAUCAUGGGUUCUGUAAGCAGUAUUUAUGGCCUCUUUUUCAUUAUAUGCUGCCCAUUUGCCCAGACUAUGGUAAUUGCUUUAACAGAUCGUCUUGGCAGGCAUAUGUUUCUGCUAAUAAGAUAUUUGCUGAUAAGGUCAUGGAGGUUAUAAAUCCUGAAGAAGAUUUCGUAUGGGUUCAUGAUUAUCACCUUAUGGUUCUUCCCACAUUCCUGAGGAAGCAUUUCAAUCAAGUUAAGCUAGGCUUCUUCCUUCACAGUCCAUUCCCCUCAUCAGAAAUCUACCGAACUCUGCCUGUCAGAGAUGAAGUUUUGAAAGCACUGCUGAAUGCAGAUUUAAUUGGCUUUCAUACAUUUGAUUAUGCCCGGCAUUUUCUUUCUUGUUGCAGCAGAAUGCUGGGCCUGAACUAUGAAUCGAAGAGAGGACACAUCGGGCUUGAAUAUUUUGGUCGCACUGUCUACAUCAAGAUUUGUCCAGUAGGCAUUCACAUGGGCCAGAUUGAAUCUGCAUUAAAUCACCCCUCUUCUUCUGCUAAGGUCAAAGAAAUCAAAGAAAAGUUCAGAGGGAAAAAGAUUAUUCUUGGUGUUGAUGACAUGGACAUAUUCAAAGGCAUUAGUCUGAAAUUAUUAGCAAUGGAACUGCUUUUGCAGCAGCAUCCAGAAUUUAGGGGACAACUUGUCCUGGUUCAAAUUAUAAAUCCUGCAAGGAGCACAGGGAAAGAUGUACAGGAAGCAAGAAAGGAAACCUAUGAGAUAACCAAAAGGAUAAAUGAUAAUUUCGGUCUUCUUGGGUAUGAACCUGCGGUACUCGUUGAUCGUCCGGUUUCUCUCCAUGAGAAGACUGCCUAUUAUGCUUUAGCAGAAUGUUGCAUUGUGAAUGCAGUUAGGGAUGGAAUGAACCUAGUGCCCUACAACUACAUUGUCUCUAGGCAGGGGACUCCGACAGUGGAUGAAGCUUUAGGGAUUGCCUUGGGAUCACCCCAUACAAGUACACUUGUUGUUUCAGAGUUUAUAGGCUGCUCUCCAUCUCUAAGUGGAGCAAUUAGGGUCAAUCCAUGGGAUAUUGAUGCUGUAGCUGAAGCAUUAGAUGUUGCCAUUUCAAUGUCUGAUGUAGAGAAGCAGUUACGACAUGAGAAACACUAUAGGUACGUUAGUUCCCAUGAUGUUGCAUACUGGGCUCGAAGUUUUAUGCAGGACUUGGAGCGAGCGUGCAAAGAUCAUUACAGUAAGUGUUGCUGCAGUAUUGGUUUUGGCUUGAAUUUCAGGAUAUUGUCUCUUUCUCCGAGUUUUAAGAAGCUCCCUCUCAACCAUAUGGUCUCCAUUUAUAAGAGGACAUGCAGAAGGGCAAUAUUCUUGGAUUAUGACGGGACAUUGGUGCCCCAAACUUCCAUUGUCAAAGCCCCCAGUCCUGAAGUCAUCUCUGUUUUGAACAAUCUAUGCAGUGAUCCUAAAAACACUGUGUUUAUAGUUAGUGGUAGAGGGUGCAAAUCGUUGAGUGAUUGGUUUACUCAGUGCGGGAAUCUAGGUAUAGCAGCCGAGCAUGGAUACUUCAUAAGGUAUGUUCUUGGUACUCGUUGA